AUGGAUGUCCACCUUCUUACCUACGACUUAUCUGGAGGGUUGGCGAAGCAGAUGUCUGCUGGACUGCUGGGAUUUCAACUUGAUGCCAUUUAUCACACUUCGAUAGAAUUAGAUGGCAUGGAGUACGUCUAUGACGGCGGUAUCCGUACGAUCCGUCCAGGCACUUCUCAUUUAGGCCAACCUCUUGAAAGAAUCCAUCUUGGGAAAACCGAACUACCAAUGGAGGUUAUAGUUGAAUAUCUUGAUUCAUUACGAGAAAUAUAUACUCCUCAGGCAUAUGAUCUUUUCCGGCACAACUGCAACAACUUCAGCAAUGACUUUUCCAUGUUCCUAAUUGGCAAAGGAAUCCCAGAGCACAUCACAAAUAUGCCCCAAACCGUUCUCGAUUCACCACUGGGUAUGAUGUUGCAGCCUAGGCUGGCGCAGAUGGUUGAGGAAAGAAAGGCUCAGCAAGGCGGGUUACUUGGCAUCCAGGACAAUGUCCCAACUCAGCCCAGCAAAGCUACUACCUCUUCUCGAAAUUCAACAGUCAUGAAUGUCACCAAUAUUCAAGUCUUGGACAAAAUUCUGCAAAACACCAAGAUUAAUGGAUCGUGCGCCAUCAUCUUCUUCACAAUGGCAUCCUGCGGCCCGUGCAAAGUACUCUAUCCUCUGUAUGACAACUUGGCCAAGGAUUAUGGAGAACACGUCACGUUCGUCAAGGUUGAUAUAAGACAAGCCUAUGAUAUUUCUACAAGGUAUUCCAUUACGGCGACACCUACUUUCAUGACUUUUCAAUACGGUGAAGAACUAGAUCGAUGGAUGGGCGGAGAUAAGUUUACGCUUGAAAGAAAUGUUGAAUUUCUUUCUCGACUCGCCAAGCCGUCUCAUCCACACAUGCAACUCUCUCUUCCUCACUUAGAAGCCGUCAAGUCAAAUCCUGUGCUCUACCAAAAGGUCCCCCCUCUUCCUAAAUUAUUGUCUAAGCUGGGACCCAAAGCAGAUGAACCCCCAAUCCAAGAGAUGAAGCAUUUCAUUGAAACUAGAACUUCCCAGGGUCCUUCUCAAGCUACGUUACCAGACCUGCAAUCAUUCUCGGGCUUCUUGCGUUCUUCUGCCCAAGAGCUGCCGAAGGAGAUUUUGUUUACAGUGGUAGACCUCUUCCGAUGUGCACUCAUGGACCCACGAAUCAGCGGUUGGUUCGCAGAGGAGGAGCAUCAUGCGACAGUUGUUGCCUUACUAAAUGCUGUGAAUAAGGAUUCUGGGUGUCCUUACCCUCUUCGACUCACAACGUUACAGAUGGCUUGUAAUCUGUUCUCGAGCCACCUUUACUCGGACCAGGUUAUCAACAAUGCGACCUUACGAAACUCUAUUACUGAUCUCCUGUCAUCUAGCUUCCUCGACGACAAUCACAAUAAUAUUCGGGUUGCAGCAUCAUCACUUCUCUUUAACGUUGCCUCUGCAAAUUACAAGAAGAGGGAGGAGGGAGCAGGUGAUGUUCUCACGGCGGCAUGUGAAGUAGAGCUAGCAGCAUCAGUUUUAGAAGCUAUCCGGCAAGAAGAGUCAUCUAGUGAGGCGCUACAUGGCAUGCUGCUAGGAUUGGGAUAUCUAGCAUAUCGCAUGCCGAUGGAAGGGGAUAUGGUAGAUCUGCUGAAGGUUAUGGAUGCCCAAGGAACCGUACUGGACAAGAAGAAGAAAUUCCCCGAUGAACCCCUGGUAGAGGAGGCCAUGCCCGUCUACGGCAUUCCAUACCCAUAUUACGAGCUGCGCACGAGCGACAUUCUCGACGACUUCCGCAAGACACUACUACUCGAAUUCCUGCUGCUGCCACUACCAACACUAUCACUACCACCAUCACCAUCACCAUUUCUACUAACAGCACUACCAGCAACAGCAGCAACAUAUCCACUUGCACCAAGCAAGCUAUUAUUACGCAUACCAGCGUUACGAACAUCAUUCCUGCGGGACAGUACCACUACCACCACUACCAAUUACAACAGGAAUUCAAAUCCAACAUUACCUCCGACGACUGGAAUGCGUCCCCGACAACACCACAACAAUAACAACAACAUGAGCAUGGGUAUGGGGAUGCAUAUGAGGAUGCGGGAGGUGCGCUCCUCGGCCUCGACGCCGUCGCUGAGGUCUCGCGACGGAGUACUGCCGCCGCACAUGAGGAUGGACGCCGGAGGCAACGUGAGAGUCGUCGUGCGCGUGAGGGCGUUUUUGCCUAGAGAAAUCGAAAGAGGCGCAGAGUGUCUGAUCAGCAUGGACCCUCACACGCAACAGACCACACUGCACGUGCCCAACGACGCCGACCCCGCGAACACGCGCGCCAAGUCGCGCAAGGUGAUGGAGGACAAGUCCUUCACGUUCGACAACUCCUUCUGGAGCCACGACAUGGAGGAUGAGGACUACGCGCACCAGGAGGACGUGUACAACUGCCUGGGCGAGGACUUCCUCGACCACAACUUCGAGGGCUACCACACGUGCAUCUUCGCCUACGGCCAGACGGGUUCGGGAAAAUCGUACACGAUGAUGGGGACCCCCGACGAGCCGGGCCUGAUCCCGCGCACGUGCGAGGACCUGUUCCAGCGCAUCGAGGCCGCGCAGAACGAGACGCCCAACAUCUCGUACCACGUGCGCGCGUCUUACUUCGAGGUCUACAACGAGCAUGUCCGCGACCUGCUCGUCCCCGUCGUCCCCAACCAGGGCCCCUACUACCUCAAGAUCCGCGAGUCCCCCACCGAGGGCCCCUACGUGAAGGAUCUGACCGAGGUGCCUGUCCGCAACCUGGGCGAGAUCCUUAGGUACAUGAAGGCUGGCGACUCGAGCCGCACGACGGCGAGCACCAAGAUGAACGACACGAGUAGUCGCAGCCACGCGGUUUUCACCAUCAUGCUGAAGCAGAUCCACCAUGACAUGGAUACGGACGAGACGACGGAGCGUAGCUCGCGGAUCCGGCUCGUGGAUUUGGCGGGUAGCGAGCGCGCCAAGUCGACGGAAGCGACGGGGGCGCGCUUGCGCGAGGGUAGCAACAUCAACAAGUCGCUCACGACACUGGGCCGCGUGAUAGCAGCACUAGCGGACCCCAAGCAGAGCAGCCGAAAUGGUGGAAAGCGGACCCGAGACAUCGUGCCGUACCGUGACUCGAUCCUGACAUGGCUGCUCAAGGACUCCCUAGGAGGCAACAGCAAGACGGCGAUGAUCGCGUGCAUCGCACCGUCGGACUACGAGGAAACGCUGUCGACGCUGCGGUACGCGGACCAGGCGAAGCGAAUUCGCACGCGCGCCGUCGUCAACCAGGACCACAUCAGCACGGCGGAGCGCGACGCGCAGAUCGCGGCCAUGGCCGAGGAGAUCCGCCUGCUGCAGCUGUCGGUGUCGGACUCGCAGCGCCGUGAGCGCACUGCGAAAGAGAGCGAGGAGAGGCUGGAGGAGUACCAGAACCGUGUGGGAUCCAUGCAGAGAAUGAUGGAGGAGCGCAGCCUCGUGGCUGAAGGCAAGAUCCGCAGUCUGCAGACGGAGAACGAGGCGCUCAGGCUGCACCUUAAGCUUGCUCUCGAUAGUCUUAAGAACCCGAUUCCGGAGGUCGUCGUUAGGGAGGAUAAAGACGUGAAGGAGAAUAUGGGUAUGGGUGUGGGUGUGGGUGCGCCGAUGAAGGAGGGGGUGCAGAGUAGACGCGAUAGUCUAGUUGACGAGGCAUAUUACGGUGGUGAGGACGACGGAUACGAGUCGGAGCCGUUCGAGGAGGAGAACGGCGGUGCUGGUGACGAUGUGGGGGAUUACAUGCACGAUCUGCUCGAGGACCUGGCGCUGUUUAGGAGGAAGAUUGGGGAUGAUAAGGGUCGGUUCUUGAGUGAUGGAACAGAUGGUCGUGAGAUUGGGGGCGAGGACUGA